AUGGGCAUUGUCCGGCCGAACCCGAGGACAGGACACACGCUGACGAUAGUAGACAAGUCUUAUGAUAGCAGGGUGUACAUGUUUGGAGGGAGGGACCUUGUGUCCGGAAGGCACAGCAACGAGUUAACCUCCCUGGAGAUCGGGAACCUCCAUCCUCCACGAACGGGGCGAUGGAUGUGGAGCACGGUGACAGUAAACAACCACAACACGAGGCUACCUGAGGGGAGGGAAGGGCAUACCGCAACAUCCUUCAGGAAAUUUCUCGUCUUCUUUGCGGGGCUGGGGAGAGAGGGGUUGACCAACGACGUGUUCACGUUCGACCUGGACAAGCUCGAGUGGGCGUAUCCUCCCCUCACUGGAGAGCUUCCCAUCCGCAGGUAUCACCACUCGUCUUGUUCCUUCGGACGAGAGUGGGUGCAUUUUGGGGGAUAUUCCGAGUACGGUGACUGUGAAAACGAUACUGUUGUGCUCAACAUGGAUCAGUGGAAGUGGUACAAGCCCAGGGUAAGCGGGAAGGCUCCUUCCCGUCGGAUGUCGCACACGGCCUCGAGGUUUGGUCGGAGCAUGCUUGUGUUUGGAGGAUACAGCGUCUCAGACGGGCAAGAUGAUUCCUGCUACCUCUGUGACGUCCACGUUCUCAACAUCGACAAGUGGACGUGGUCCGCUCCGAAGAUUGGAAAUUCUGUUCCGAACUCCUUGCCUAGGGGAGGGCACUGCGCGCAGAGGAUUGACAAUCAGCUGCUGGUGCUCGGCGGGAAGAGUGGUUUCCUGCAGGAAAGCUGUGAUGUCUGGCUGUUGGAUACCGUGAGUUGGAUGGGGAUGGGGAUGGGGAUGGGGAUGGGAAUGGGGAUGGAGGCGAUGAAGGAGGAAGAGGAGGAGGGGGUUUUCGGUAAUGGGAUGGGAGAGGAGAAGGAGAACAAGGACACCUGGUCGAAACCGACUGUCUACUCUGAGAUGCCAAACGCUAUCUGUGGCAAUGAAUGGUGCGAGGAACAGAAGCAGCAGCAGCAGCAGCAGCAGCAGCAGCAGCAGCAGCAGCAGCAGCAGCAGCAGCAGCAGCAGCAGCAGCAGCAGCAGCAGCAGCAGCAGCAGCAGCAGCAGCAGCAGCAGCAGCAGCAGCAGCAGCAGCAGCAGCAGCAGCAGCAGCAGCAGCAGCAGCAGCAGCAGCAGGGGAAAAGGAGAGGUUAUCUUGAGGACAAAGUCCUUCCUGAGUACACCGUGAUUGGCAACCCUGUUGUGCCGCUCUGGGCCAACGAAGUUGGGACGGUAAGGAUGCAGGUGUACCGGGAGGUGCCGCGGGAGGGGCUGGCGGCAAGCAUGAAGCAUCCCUACCGCCUCGUAGGAGAGAACGUCCUGACGGCCAGGACCAAGGGUCUCCUCUCCUUCGAUGUGCCCGAGCACGAGCAGGUGGAGGCGCAAAGAGGAGACGUGCUGGGCAUGCGAGUGGACUCUGACGUGGCGCUGGGAGGGGAGUGGCCGCACAAGCUGGCGGCGGGGCAGAGGGUGGACAAGCUCGGGAACGCGGCGACACCGUCGGGGGUAGUGGCGAUCGACUAUGGCGGCGCUCGAGAACCGUCCAACCCUCAGGGGCCUAGCUCGGGGAACCUCUGCAGGUUCUGCGUGCGCGACUACCUCGGGGUCGGGAAGAUCCUCGAUUUCGACGAUAACAACAGGAGCAACAUCGUCAACAUGCCCAUCCCUUCCUUCCUCUCCUUCUCUGCCGCGGCUGUCCUUGUCCCACUCCUCGAUCAGUCUCCUGCCCCCCAUGAUGAGGUGAUGCAUGCAGGAGAGAAGGGACGGGCGGUGAGCUGA